UUUUCUCCCCAUAAGUUAGAAAUGGUUUUGAAAAUUAUCAAGGGAACAAUAUUCCUCUUUUUAACUGGGCUUGGCAUUCUGGGGAAUAUUUUGGUUUUUGUUAAUUAUAUGUGCAUUUUCUUUUUGGGCACUGAGAAGAAAUCUUUACACCUUAUUCUCAUCCAUUUGGCUUUUACAAAUAUUCUAAUUCUUUUUUCCAGAGGAAUUCCAAAGACAAUAGCAGCUUUUGGUUUGACAAACUUUCUAGAUGAUACAGGCUGUAAAAUGGUUGUUUAUGUGGAGAGGGUAGCUCGAGGGCUUUCAAUCUGCACCUGCAGUCUCCUCACAGUUGUCCAGGCCAUCACCAUCAGUCCCAGAGCCUCUGUGUGGGGGAAGCUCAACCCUAGGUUCACACGCCACAUUUUCCCCUAUUUUCUCUUCUUUUGGAUACUCAAUUCCUUAAUAAGCAUGAACCUACUGUAUUAUAUAAAAAAUAUCAGCAGCAUGAACAUAUCACAGAUGGGUGAAAGUGAUAACUACUGUUAUUUUCUACCACAAAGCCAGAUAAUAAAAUGGAUUUUUCUCAUUCUCAUGGUCCUGCGAGAUGCCCUGUUUCAGGGUCUCAUGGGCUGGACCAGUGGCUACAUGGUAUUUCUUCUUCACAAACACCACGAGCAUGUUCUCUAUCUUCAAAACUCCAAGUUUCUCUACAAAACUCCCCCUGAGAUAAAAGCUGCUCAAAGUGUUCUUCUUCUGAUGCUUUGUUUUUUUCCCUUUUAUUGGACAGAUUGUAUUAUUUCUUUCUAUUUAUCUUCCUCUUUAGGGAACAACUCCAUAACAGUAAAUGUUCAAGGAUUUCUAACCCUUGGUUAUUCAAUUCUCAGCCCAUUUGUGCUGAUUCACAGAGAUGGACAGAAAGCUAAAUGCUGA